AACCGUUUGGGAAUUACUAGUCUACACGUUAUAUUUAUAGGUAUGACUUUCUGCUUGGCCGUUAUAUAUUAAUAACAUCCACCACAGCUCAUACCAGCGAACACAAAAUGCGAUUUGAAUUGCCUACAUAUAGCCAAUCUGUUAUUCCCCAGCGCACGUGUGAAGUAUUCUUAAACACCGAAACUUCCAGUUGAAGCGGAGCAUAGGACCUGUAUUUAUUUUUGAAGCCAAGUAUAAUCAUUGAAUCACACUAUUCAAACGGAAUUCCCCUUUUGAAUGACCUAUAUAUAAUUUACUAAAGGAAGAUUUUCGAUUUGUAAAUAUAAUGUUUUAGUGGACAGCAUAUAUAUUAUUGUCCAUAUUAUUAUAAAGUACCGAGAUGCCGUAUGAUAUGGAGUGCACAAAGGAUUUGCACGAGGUAUAUCAAAGAACACAAGGAAACAAACGCACUAGCCUGAGUGCAUGACCGACUAUAACAGAAUAUACACAUUUCAGCCAAUCAGCGACGAGCUGUCUGAACUCGCUCCAACACGUUAUAACCUACCAGCCAGGGAGUGAAUCGUCAGUUGAGCGUUUACUUCGCUACAGGAAGGAUCGUCGUUGCGAGAAAUCGUGUUCUUUGUUUGAAUUUCUUUGUUCGGAUUUACCUUUGAAUAAUGACUUGGACGGUAUUUAGAGAUAUGGACACCUGCACGUCUGAUAAGAAACUUGUUGACAUUGGAGACGCAUUGUGCAAAGCUUUGGUCCAGGCUCAUAGGACCAACCGAGUAACAAGUGGCGUUAUGGAGUGUGCCAAGCUCCUCCGCAGUAACCCUGACAACGUGAUGCUGUGCGUGCUGCCCGAGGCGAGUGGACAGCAUGACGUCACGCUGGACAUCCAACACACCCUCAUCGAGGCGUUUUGCUGGGAGAACGAGAUCCAGCUUGUUAAGGUUGACAGCGAAGAAAAACUUGCUAAGACCUUAUCAAAAGAAGAUGAAAAUAACAAUAGUGGCGUUAUCAGAUGUCAAUCAACCGAUGUCAGCUGUCUCCUGGUUGAGUUUGCCAAAGGUGCAACCACUCGAGAGGACGAUUUGUUGACAAACUAUAUCGCUGACGUCAUCAAUAACGAUGUCUACCCAAAACCUGUCAUCGAGUUACCUGUUUGAAAUAUACAUCACCCAGCUGUGCUUCACAUACACACCAGGUAAUCCCAAACCUGGUCAAAGAGGUAAUCACUCACCCAUUGGUCAUCGCUGGCCAAGUCGUCAUGGCGACCGAGGUGCACUAGCCAACCAGAUGCAAGUUCAGAGUUGAUCAUCCAAUCAGAUUUCACCAACAGGGAUGAAGUAGCCACAGAGUGGUCUGCGAAGUGACUCUGUAAUGCUGACCAACACAGUUGGUGGUGUCGACUUGGUGCAGUUAAACCUUGAUUCAGGGGACCAGAUUAAUACCCAAGACUGGCUGACCAGUUGCAAACGUCAUCCUACACACUGUAUGACUGUGAAUGCCUGUAUUCGCAACUCCUAACAGAAGAGGUGGAGAAAAUUGACAAGAAUAAUGGACACGCUCUUGUUACAUUCAUCAUUUUAGUUUGUUGUCAUCUAUAUUCGUGUUUAUGUUCUGUUUUAUUUCUUGUACAUACAAUCUUUAUUUGUUUUUGAUAGUUAUGUUCCUUGUGAUGAAUAAAUAAUAUGAUUUUAGAA